AUGGUGGAUAUUGAAGACAAGGAUAAUAAGGAUAAAGAUGUGAAUUCUGAGAGGGAGGAGAACAAGGAACCUGAGCAAGAUAUUACUAAGGACAGGUUAAGUGAGGAUAAGGAAAGUGUAGAACCUGGAAAAAAUAGGAAACAGACGGACAAGAAAAGGAAGGAUUAUGACAGAGAUCAAAUAAAAUGGAAGCAGGAUAUGGAGGAGAAGGUCCUCGAUAAUUCUAGCUCUCCUAAACUGGUGGUGGAUCUUGACAUGGAUGAAGAAACUAUUGAGAUAGGUAGUGGGGAAGCUACUCCAGGUGGUGCUGCAAAUAGGACCAGGGCAAGUGUCAAGAAAGCUGUGACUGCUUUUGCUAAGGAUAGCCCCGAUCUUAGGGAAAAUAUCAAGGAUUUGUAUGGGAUUAGCAAUACCCUGGCUAAUGCCAUAUCAAUUAGUUUCUUCUCUCGGGUCUGGCUGGCUUUUGUUGGCUUUUUGGGGCUUUAG